AUGAGUGCUGAUUAUGACCUCACUGAAAUCUUUAAUGGGCAUAUGAAAUUUGUAGGGUAUGCCUUCGUGCUCAUUCAGAUUGCGCGCAAAGAUCCAAAACAUAUGAAUAGAGUUAUGUUCAAGAACGUACAUGGUAAAUACAUUCCUGCGACCAAGGAAGAUAUCAUGGAAGCACUGGAUAUCAGCGCUUCUACCUUUAACAGAGAUAACCACGUUGUUACUUCACUCUACAUUAACCCAUGCGCAUGCAUGCCUGCUAAGGGGAUUGACAUUGAGCAGUUCGGAAUGUUUCAGGAUGUACUUGAAAAUUUUAUGGGCGCGGCUGAGUAUAAGGACAUGUCUGAAAUCUGGGAUGGAUACGACUGCUCAGCCGCUAAGGUACAGAUGAAAAAGAUUGGUAACAUGUCUAAGGAAGAAAUUUAUGAAUUGGAUAGGCAGCAGAUUGCUUUGAGAUACGGCCUCAUAUUACCUGAGACACUGAUUCAGGAGCAGGAACAGACUGCAGAUUACGCUUCAAUGACCCAAGAUGAGCAGCUGACAGCUUUUAUCUCCAAUGUAUAUGAUGGUGUUCAGCCACUGAGUUUCAAGGACUACAGACACCAUGUUACUAGGUUGGAGCCAGAGACAGAGAACAUCUUCUAUAUGGUACAGCCAGCAAAGGAUGGAGCGGAGAUGCAUUGCGCUGAUGCUGUAGCAGAGAAUAGAUAUGUUAGUCUUGAUAUUGACGUUAAGGAAAAUGGUAGCUCCAUUCCUGAUGAGCGACUUGAGGAUUUGGAGAGCAUUAAAAAUGAGCUGAUGGAGAUUAUCAGCAGAUUACCUGAACCAGCCUCAAUAGUACGCACUCGUAAUGGUUGGCAGAUGUUAUGGAAGAUGAAUUCCGCUAUGGCCGAUGAGGAGUGGAAGGCAGCACAGGACGCCGUUGCUGCUAUGGUUCCAGGUCUCGCAGAUCUUAAUGCAGUUAAGAAGGGUGGCAUUCUCCGUUACCCAGGUAGCGUACAUAAGAAGAACGGAACUGCUGCCUAUGACGUGACUCUCUGUCACCUGUCUUCCAACGAAUAUGAUUACAGUGAUUUCAUAAAGCAGGCUGAGGCCGUUGCUGAGAAAAACAUCACUGCAGAUUUCGUUGAGGCACACCCAGAGCUCUUUACAAAACCAGAGAAGACUACUCGUUCAUCCGCGUCAAAGAAUAAGGUACACAAGACUGAUAUUGACACAAAUGACCGUAUUGAGUGUGUUAAGAGAUUGAUGCCAUUGGAUAUUCAUCGCCCUGCUAUGAGAUUCGAUACUGCAGAGGAAGCGAAAGACUACAUCAAGCGACAGGAUAUCGUAGAAUUCCUGCAGCUUGAGCCACUGGCUACUGGUUCUUUUAACUGUAUUUUCCAUGCAGAUUCCCAUCCAUCAGCGUUCGUGACUACUGAUGGAGAGUACUCUGCGUUGAUACCACUGCUU